UUCUAACAUGCCUUUAUAGAAGUACUUGAUAUUUCCCCAAGGCAUUCAGCGUAUAUUUAUCAAUAAUCAAGAGAUUUGACCACUUUAUUUGUGCAUAUCUUAUACACGGAGCCAACAGCCUUUAAGUUACAAGAAGGAUCGUUGUCUUGGACCCCAGGGAUGUUAUUAACCAUCGACUGCAGUGUAAUAACAGAGGUGCUAAGGAUAAUUUUGAGUCUAACCAAGGAGAUUUCUCUAAAUGUCACAAAAAGACGACCCUGAAGAUGGUAUCUGGCAGUAUAAAUCUGUGGUUAAGAGGAAGAAGACACAGACACAAUCGUCUGCAGUUGGAACUGUCACGAAAAGAAGAUGCAAUUCUCAAAAACCCUCCAGAAGAGACUCUGCAGCAUCUACCAAGACAAAAACAGACAAAACAAAAGGGACAAACGUGACAAAUGCUGAACGAAAUGGAGAACCUAAAGUAAAUGGUCGCAGCAAAUCAAUGGCAAAUGGUCUUCCUUACUCAGAAUCACCAUCUUCCUCUCAGGAGACAAACAAUAACAGUGAUGCUGCAGAGGGACCAUGCUGUGGAGACUUCUGUCCUAUGUGCCAGAUGCCAUUUUCUGCCUUGAUGGUUCAAUCACAGAGAUGGCAUGUUGCAGAAUGUCUUGACAUACCAAGGGACAAAUGCACAGAAUGUCCCGAUGGCCUGCGCUGCUCCUCUGCCAUCCCAAACCACUACAGGAAUUACAACCACACAUUCCUAGCCAAAAGCAGAGCCAUUGGUGACACAGCUCUUCUCAGUCUGUAUCAGCAAGCUGAGACCACAGGGGAGUCAAGCUCCAGUUGUCUUCCUGGGCUGAAUAAUAAGAAUAAUAAUAAUAAGGCCAGUGACUCACAGACAUCACAGGACAGCACUGUCAGUUCCGAGGUCAUUUCUCCUUGCAGUGACAUCACCGAAACCCCUCCGUCGAAACAUAAAAAUGGACUUUUGUUUUUGCGUUCACCUGGUCCAGAAGACUUAAGGAAAAAGAAAGGCUGGUCAUCCACACCUAAAGGCCGCAAAUCUUUAGGUUCUUCCCAAGAGAGUAAUAAUGAGCAAUCCUCCGCUGCAGUGAAGGACAACAAAGUAGAACAAACAGCUGAAAGUGGCAGCAAGCCUUUGUCUGAAAACGACGAUUUUAUAUCCUACUCACCUUUAUCUGACUUACCUGCACAGACUGAAGUUCGUAGCAGUGAGUGUAAAAAGAAACUUUUCAAAGACUGUGUGCUGGACGUUGAGGAUGAAUGUUCAAUGUCACAGGUAAAUUAUAGCUUUUCAAGCGAAGAUGAGCUGCUAAAUGAAUUUAUGGAUAGUAUGGACGCCAGUAAUGUGUCAACAGAAAUCCUGUCAUCUAACCUCCAGCUGGACUCACUUACCUCAUCAGCUCCCACUGAUCAACUGGCUGCCACUCAACUCCAACCAGAUUUAGCUGUCGCUGAGGCUUGUACGACUAGCAGUCAGUCCCCCCGGAGUCUUGUUCUAGAACAUCUGCGAGAACGUCCUCAAACUCACACAAACUCUCAAGUGCCUCCAUCCCAAAACCAAACCACCCCAAGAUCCUCAAUAAUGACACCACAAAAGGGUAAGAGCAGAGGUGUUCAGGCUUCCUCUUUGAAACAGACUGAUAUCGGAGUGUUUUUUGGCCUGAAACCACUGAAUAAGAAGCAGGAGAACAGACCACAAGAGCCAGGCACCAGCUCACCUGCAGUGCUUGGAAAAAACAAGGAACCCAGGCGACCUAGGAGAGGGGAGACAGAGAGUCAGAGGAAGAAUAGGAAAGACACAUCCGCAGAUACCUCCGAAGGAACAGCCGCAGCAGAGAAGACGGAUUCAGUAAAUGCUGAAAGAGGAGCAAAGAGUGGAUGGCGCCAAAAAUGGGGGAGGAGGAACAGAGUCAACGCUGAUGGAGAAGUCCAGUUACCUCGCUGUCCUUUCUACAAGAAGAUUCCAGGAACAAAGUUUGUCAUUGAUGCCUUCCAGUACGGGAAGAUUGAGGGCAUCACUGCCUACUUCCUAACACAUUUCCACUCAGACCACUAUGGAGGGUUGAUGAAGAACUCCACCUUUCCAAUCUACUGUAACAAAAUUACAGGAAACUUGGUGAAAGCCAAACUUAAGGUGGCGGAGCAGUAUGUCCAUGUUCUCCCCAUGAACACACUGGUGACUGUGGAGGGGAUCAAGGUCAUUCUCCUGGACGCCAACCAUUGUCCAGGAGCUGCCAUGCUACUCUUCCUCCUGCCUGAUGGACAAACCGUCCUCCACACCGGUGACUUCAGAGCAGAUCCCUCAAUGGAAACGUAUCCUGAGCUCCUCGGUUGCAGAGUGCAGACGCUCUACCUGGACACCACUUACUGCAAGCCCGAGUACGCCUUCCCCAGACAACGAGAAGUCAUCAACUUUGCUGCAAACACGGCGUUUGAGUUGGUGACACUGAAUCCACGCACACUCGUUGUGUGUGGAUCCUACUCUGUGGGAAAGGAGAAGGUCUUUUUAGCGCUGGCAGACGUCCUGGGCUCUAAAGUUUGUCUCUCCAGAGACAAAUACAACACCAUGUGCUGUCUGGAGUCAGACGUUGUGAAACGUUGCAUAACCACCGAUUGGAAGGCCGCCCAGGUGCACGUGCUACCCAUGAUGCAGCUCUCCUUCAACAAACUGCAGCAUCAUUUGGCUCGGUUCUCAAAGCAGUACGAUCGGCUGGUGGCCUUCAAACCCACAGGCUGGACCUUCAGUCAGCAGGUGGAGACGGUGGAAGACAUCCAGCCUGUGGUCAGCGGUAACAUUUCCAUCUAUGGAGUUCCCUACAGUGAGCACAGCAGUUUUCUGGAGUUGAAACGUUUUGUCCAGUGGCUUCAGCCGCUGAAGAUCAUUCCUACAGUGAACAAUGGCAGCUGGGAAAACAGGAGCACUAUGGAGAAGUACUUCAGGGAUUGGCUGGCUGAAGCUAAAGCUAACACUUAGCUUUCCUGCCAGAAGAUAAAGACUUGUGUGGGAUUUGGGUGAAAUUUACUGUUACUGAUUUGCACACAGCUAAAAAUGAAAUACUAUUAAUCUAAAAAUGCUAGCAACGGCAAACAAAUACACUUAAGUAUAUUAUACAGUAUGUGUCUUGUCAAUUUUAUAAAUGUGUUAUUCUGACUGUAUAUAUGAAUGAAAAUGAAGC